AGCGCUCCCUCCACCUUAACCAGAACAGCCCGCUGCAGCUCCGGACCAGUUUUUCUUGCGCCAGGCCUUUCGUGCAAUGCUUGAAAUUAUCCUGAGUUAGAAAACUAAAGUUUGCGCCUUGUACACGUACAGAUGGCUUCGGGUGCCGAGAGAGCGGAGCCCGGUGACAGCGAGCAAGAUGAAGAAGAGGACGUGUACGAAGUGGAGAAGAUCAUUGACAUGCGAGUGGAAGAUGGAGAAGUGCUGUACCGUGUGCGGUGGAAGAACUACUCAUCGGAUGAUGACACUUGGGAGCCCAAGGCCCACCUUGAGGACUGUAGUGAGGUGCUGCUGGCCUAUGAGAGGGCCCUGGCUGAAAGAAAACCUAAGAAAGACUCCGGCAUGAAGCUGCCUAUGAAGAGUGACCUGUUCGAUGCAAACUCUGAGAGUGACAGUGACAAAGACAGGUCAAAAGAGUCACCUAUUAAGAAGAAGAAAAAGAAGAGGAAGCACGCUGAGGAAUCAGAAGAUGAAAAGUCAGUAAAAGAAAAGAAGAAAAAGAAGAAGGACAAGAAAUGGAAGGAGGACAAACCACUGCCUGCUCCUGAGUCAGAAGAAGAGGAAGAUCGUGUUUCUACACCACCACCUCCCAAAAAAGAGAAGACCCCAGAUGCAAAAAAGAGAGCCAUUGAAAGCGAUGAUGAUGACGAUGACGAUGAUGGUCCAGCUUUAGCCAAGAAACACAAGAAGGAUGGCAAAGCUAAAGAUGGAGGAAAACAAAAAAAGGAAAGUGUUGAAGAGCGAAAGAAAAAAAAGGCUAAGUCAAAAAAGGAGAUCGAGUCCUCGGAGGACGAGACAGACAAGAGCGACGUACCAUCAGAGUCACACACUGACGACACAACAGCUACAGACAACCUCAACAGCACUGCAGCAAAACUGACAACCCCGAAAUCAACAGAGAAGUCUUCUGGUGGUGAUAAUUCCAAGGCAAAACAGAAGAAUAAAAAAUCUGAACUGAAGUUGCAAGGUAUCAAAGAUCUUAUUCAGGACAAAAAGCCCAAAAAGACAGACAGCCCAGUUCCCCUACUCAAAGAGAGCGGCCUAAACAAGCUGAAGAGUCUGACUAGCAGUAAGAGCAGCAGUAAGUCAUCUCGUAGUGAGGAUGACCCUGACUCUGGUGAUACGGGAGCCUCGGCAAAACCAAAAACUAAGGGCAAAGGCCAGGAAUCAAAUUGUCCUCCUCAGAAGGAUUCUGUGUCUUCAUCUUCUUCGUCCACUUUAGCUUUAGCUCCUUCCAACAAGUCCAGAGAGGAGGAGCCAAAGGAUGAAGCUGGGGAGAAAGGGGGGAACCCCAACAAUCUCUUUGAAAAGUUCUUGCUGACAUGUGAAGCCAAGGACCGUGUACCCAGGAAGCAGGCUGUUCACACAACACCAAAGAAUUCAGGCAAGACUGAUAAAAAGAUGAAGCUGACAAAGGAGUCUCCAGUACAGAAGACUGAGUUGGACAAGUCAGAAAAGGCAAAGGAGGGCCCAAGAGCUAGUCAGAGUCCUGUUUCUUUCGAGGCAGAGGAGAAACAGGAAAAAGCCACACCAGAGUCGGAGAGGAGUGACAGGUCAGAUGAGCCUCCCACCAAGACAAAGGAGGAGAUACAGCGUGAACAGAAAGAAGAGGAGCAACGAAGAAGGAAAGAGAGGAUUGAGGAGGAGGAGAGAAAGAGGAAGGAGAGGAUUGAGGAAGCCCAGAGAGAAAGAAAAGCGAGGAUGGAGGAGGUGCAGAGAGAGAGGCAGAGAUUGGCAGAGGAGGCACAGAGAGAGAGACAGAGAUUGUCAGAGGAGGCACGGUUAGAUCGUCUGGACCGGAGGUCUGUGGUGGAGGCUAUGGCAUCACCUGAGUCUACAGAGGACUCGAGGUGGAAGGAGAGGAGAAGGAGAAGGCGAGAGGACAGUGAGUCACGCCUCCUCAUUGCCUGUGAUGACAAUCAGGACUCUCAGGACCCCCUGGAACGCUCUGAUAAAACUCCUGCAGACAGGGGGCCGCCUUCUCUCAACCUUGGGGUGGAACUGAAGCUGGACUGGAUGACGCUGGAGGACUUCCAAAAACACUUGAAUGGAGAGGAUGAGAAUCUUUCUCCACUAGCCUUAACUCCUGGUGAACUACGGGAAGCUGUAAAAAAUGGGAAUUACAUGGCUGUGAAACGUGCACUCAGUUCCAAAGAGGACUACAAUCUGGAUCAGGAGGAUUCCAGUGGUAUGUCCCUCUCCAUGCUGGCUGCUGCAAGCGGACAGGAUGACAUUCUCCGGCUGCUGAUUAAGAAGGGAGUGAAGGUGAAUGGAAGGCAGAAGAAUGGUACCACGGCCCUUAUGCACGCUGCUGAGAAGAAUUUCCUGACCACGGUGGCCAUUCUCCUUGAGGCAGGAUCGUGCCUAAAUGCUCAAACAGUGGGUGGGGAGACAGCCCUUAUGAAGGCAUGUAAAAGGGGAAAUGCGGAUGUAGUUCGCCUCCUGCUGGAAUAUGGAGCUGACUGCAACAUCCUCUCUAAGCACAAGAACACAGCCUUGCACUUUGCCAAGCUCAGCAACAACCUCAUGGUAUAUGACCUCAUCAAAGACCAUAUCCAGACGUUAUCAACAGUGGCGGAGGAGACGAUCAGAGCGUAUUUUGAGUCACGGUUGGCUCUGCUGGAGCCGGUGUUUCCUCUGGCCUGCCAUCGCCUGUGUGAGGGACCAGAUUUUUCACUGGAAUUCAAUUACAAACCUCCACAACCCACACCUGGAGAAGGAUCAGGUAUCCUGCUCUUUAUCUUCCAUGCUAACUUUAUGAGUGAGAUCACAGCCAGACUCUGCGGGCCUUGUAGCGUCCAUGCUGUCAUCCUUAAUGACAAGUUCCAGCUGCCCAUCUUCCUUGAUAGCCACUUUAUUUAUUCCUUCAGCCCUGUUCCAGGAGCCAACAAACUCUUUAUUCGUCUGGCUGAGUCACCCACAGCUAAGGUUAAACUUCUCAUCUGUGCAUAUAGAGUCCAGCAACAGUGAUGCCCAGAGCUCCUGUACAGGUCAAAGUUCAGCGCAGAAUCUCAGCCACUCUAAGAACUGAGAGAGUCAUUUCUCAAACCUGUACUCUCUGUGUCACAAGGCAUGCCAGGCAGAAGAGGCGGUUUAUGUACAGUGUCUGCUCCGUUUUAUUGCCUCGAAAUGAAGGCCCAAAGACACUACACAGUCUUUCAUAGCAAACUAUGGAGAGUUUGGGUACAUGUUCAGCAAAAGUGUCAGAAAUGUUUUAUUAGUUUGAAAAAAAAUCUGUUUUUGUCCAAAACAUUUUGGAUAACUCCUGCAGAUGUAGAAAAAAAAGGUGGGAGGAGUCAAUAUUGAUUAUUGAUCUAAGGGUCAUUUGUAAAUGUUGUUUGUAAAGGUUUUUCUUCUUUUUAAAUAGAAUAAUUUAUCACUCCAGAUUCACCUGUAGUUCUUCUUGUGUUAUUGGCGCUUAUCACCAUGGACUUGCCUCAUGUGCUGUAUGUAUGUGUGAGAGAGAAAGAGAGCAGGAGUGUGUGAGAAAGGAUGAGAGAAAUUAGUUUAUGCCCCUCUGUUGAUUUGUAUUUGUGGGACCAGGAUGUUACAGGACCUAAGCCCUUUUAACCAUCACGGUUGAUUCUUUAGUCCUGCCCAUUGUUUUCGCCUUUUUUGAAUCUUCUGCUAUUUUACACUGAACUUCAUAGAUCUCUUGGGCAGUCUGUGUAGGUUUGUUUGUGUAGGAUAUUAAUAUACCUAUGAAUCCUGGAUUUGUUCAACAUUACGGGUGAAGUGUACGUGUGUUUGGGAUAUCUAUUUUAAGGGCUAGUAUCUGCUGAGAGGAGAGAGGAACCAUGUCUAAAGAUGCAAUUUGUUUAGAAAUGAACAACUUCAUCCCCAUUGAGAUCAUAAUAUCCAUCGGUGUUGAUUUAUGAAGUGAUAUUCUUUUUCCUCCUUCAUGCACAUUUCUCAGUGCUGCCUUUUUUGUGUCAUCUGUUUGAAUGGCAUGAUUGGUCAUGUUGGUGGCUGAUCAGACAGAGAGGAGAGAAUAUAGUCUAUCGGCUCAGGUAGUUUGGUUGUAUAGAUAACAGGUCAUCACUUUUCCCCCCUCAUUUCCUAGCUAUCAGCUAAGAUUAUAGUCAGGUUUGUUACUCUACCAGAAAUCCAUCUGGAAUCAGUAUGCUGCUCAGCAUAUCCUUUUACCAUUAUCGCUUUAACUUCAUUCCUGUUUUGUUUUUUUUUUUUGUUGUUUUUCCUUCACCUCUCUCGUUGUCUUUACAAUAUGGCCUGUGUGUGAUAACGUGAAAGAGUGAGAGUAUGCACGUAGCUUGGCUUCCUCUUCAAAUAAACUGUACAUAUGUUUCCAUAACACUUAAGUGAUUUUGUUGCGUAAUUUCUUAGGAUGAUAAAAAAUCUGAACUGUCACAAGAAAAUGUCUUCACUGAUGUGUAUUGAUGGAUUUCUUCUCACAGUUACUACUUGAAUAGUGCAGAUCUGCAUCUUACUUUUAUAUUAUUAAACUGAACAUUAUGCAAGACCUUUGUAUACUGGACACUCAACAGUGAAAGAGGUGAGAGGAGUUGUGGAUCUAGACUGGCUGGCACACCGCCAGACCAAAGGAUUCAAUACAGUAGGGGUUCUCUGUGUGAUGUGGGUAGGAUUUCUGUGGCCUCAUCUCCCACUCUCUCUAUAGAGGCAGGAAUUAAGGCAGGAGCUAUGAAUAUGAUCCUGCUUCUCAAAAGAAAUGUUUAAAUUCUUAAGUAUGACAAUCAUUUAUAGUUUGGAUAAAGUGUGUGAGGUGAGAGAUCCCUAGAUUGUACAAGCAAUCCUGCGAUGUUCAUUACCUGUUUUUAAUCUGAUGUUACACAUGUUAAGAUGUUUGAGUUUGCAUUAAAACUGAGUUUGGAAAUGA